AUGGGCUCUGUGGACGUCAACCCACCGAACGCGGACAUUCACAUCACCAACCAUGGCUCUGACUGGCUCUGGGCUGUCUUCGCUAUUAUGACGGUCUCCAUGAUGGGUAUGUUUGUCUGGUCACACAUGCGUCCUCGGGGCACCCGGUUCUUCCACAAUAUCGCUCUUAUUGUCCUCACUGUCUCUACCAUCGCCUAUUUCUCCAUGGCGUCCGACCUCGGUGCAACACCGAUCACUACUGAGUUCCGCGCGACUGGCACGCGCCAGAUCUGGUAUGUUCGGUACAUCCAAUGGUUCAUCAACUUUCCGCUGUUGCUGGUCCUGAUUCUCACCGCUACCGGUCUUGCGCUUACGGACAUCCUCACCAUCGCAUUCUGGGCUUGGGUCGUCGUCGUCUGCGGUCUUGUCGGCGCUCUCGUCCGUUCGUCCUACAAGUGGGGCUACUAUGUCUUUGGCCUUGUCGCUUUCGUCUACAUUUGGAUCGCCAUUCUUGGCUUCGGACCUCAUACGACCUCCAACGCCGGCGAUGGCAUGCGCUCUGGCUACAUCCAAGGCUCUGGAUUUGUCGUCCUCAUUACGCUCCUCUACCCGAUCGCUUGGGCUUGCUCUGAGGGUGCGAACGUGAUCUCUCCGACUUCUGAGAUGGUCUGGUACGGCAUUCUUGACCUCCUGCUCGGCCCUUUCUUCCUGUUCUUCUUUGUCUUCGGCAUUCGCAACAUUGAGUAUGAUUCCUUCGGUCUUCAGUCCUGGAAGUACAGCGACACUGCCGCCACCGCCGCCACCACUAGUGCUACUCCCGCUGCUACUUUUGCUCCGGCCGCCAAUGGUUCUGGUCCUACUACUGCUACUGCGCCCAACAUUACUCAAGCUGCCCCUGCCUCCGACACUUGCAGCACCUCUCCUGGUACUUCUACCGAAACUGCGGCUAGCGGCCCUACUACCACCUCUGUCUAAGCGCUUCGACCCCGCACCUCGCCCACCGGACGGCGUUGAAGUGGAAGUUAGAUGGGAACUCUGCGUUUUUUUCUUUUCUUUUC